CGGGGUCGCAAACUCCCGCUAGAUAGAUGGAAUCUGCAAGGUAGCGUAGGGUACCCAAAGGUCACUGUAUAUAAAUUUCUUUCUUUAUUUCCUCUCUUGCAAGAAUCAUAUAUUUGAAACGGAGAAGAAAGAUCAGAAAGAGUUUGUAAGAAAUGGGAGAUUGCAGGCCAUUAGGAUUCUUGCUAGGCCUGCCAUUUGCUUUGGUUGCUCUGAUUCUAUCUCUUGUUGGUGCUGUCAUCUGGAUCAUUGGGACUGUCUUGAGUUGCUUGUGCCCAUGUUGUGUAUGUUGUGCUGGUCUGGCAAAUUUUGCAGUGGAUAUUAUAAAACUUCCCUUCAAAAUAAUCAAGUGGUUCACUGAUCAGAUUCCUUGUUAAUGUGUUGAUUUAUUAUUUGAUUUUUUUUUUCUGAUAUUCUAAAAUUCCAUGGCUUUACCCAUUUCUGCGUUUUGUUUGUCUCUUUCUUUCUUUCUUUCUUUCUUUCUUUCUUUUCCGUUUUGUGCCUAUUUCUCCUAGUUGUAUUGAUUGAUCUAAUCUGUAAUUU